CCAGGUGUCAUAUCAAUGGAGACAACUAGGGGCUUUUUGGAAAUGCAAGAGGCAGAGGCUGGAAACACGAGAGGCUGGAAAUGCAAGAGACUGGAAACGCAAGAGACUGGAAAUGCAAGAGACUGGAAACGCAAGAGACUGGAAAUGCAAGAGGCUGGAAUUCAAGAGACUGGAAUUCAAGAGACUGGAAUUCAAGAGACUGGAGAUGCAAGAGGCUGGUAUCACAAGAGACUGGCAUUACAAGAGGCUGGAAACACAAGAGACUGGAAAAACAAAAGGCUGGAAACACAAGAGGCUGGCAACACAAAAGUCUGUUCACACAAGAGGCGGGACAACAGAGUCCAGAACAUCAGCAAGGUCCGGAAAGGCAGCAGGGUCCGGGAAAUAUCAAAGCUGCACCAUGAAAAUGCGUGCGUUCGAUUGCAAGUGCUUUCAUCCCGCCACUCCUACAUAGCCAGAUUCACUACAGCGUUGGGCUGAAGACUUCAGAAUCUAUUCCAUCGAAGAGGGCGACUAGGCGUUCCAAUUAUUGGCACUACAAAAUCCUUCUCGCAAACAAGACAAUAAGCAGGUUUUUUCUAUUGUCUCUG